AUACUGCAACUUUAGUCAAAGAAGGAUAGUUGGUCUCUGUUGUUUCCACUCCGAGACCUAAUAUUGCCCUUAUGUAUGUUAUAUAGGGGAUCAGCGGGAAAAAACUUUCCAGAAAGUUACGCAUACGUACACGCGCAGAUCGAAUAUUAUCCGCGGUGGCGUAGUAGAGACAUGGCCUCCGAGGACAGCGCAAGGGAUGAGUUUGUCGCCAGACUACAAGCGAGGAUAGCUGAUUUGGAGAAACAGCUACACAGAACUGGUCCGAUCAGAGAAAAAAUACACAAAAUGAGCAGCGAGGUUGUCGACUCUAAUCCCUACAGUCGCCUGAUGGCUCUCCAGAGAAUGGGCAUUGUGAAAGACUUUGAGAGGGUACGGGACGUGUCAGUAGCCGUGGUAGGUAUUGGUGGAGUGGGGAGUGUAGUGUCUGAGAUGCUGACCAGGUGUGGAGUUGGGAAGCUUCUGCUCUUUGACUACGACCGUGUGGAGAUGGCCAACAUGAACAGACUUUUCUUCACUCCGGACCAAGUGGGACUCAGCAAGGUGGAUGCUGCCGUGGCCACCCUAAAGUCUGCCUGUUUCUGUUACACACUCUGAUCAUGAUAAAGCGACCCUUUUCCUGCCAUGCAGGGAGAUUAACCCUGAUGUGGAGAUAGCUGCUUACAACUAUGACAUCACCACCAUUGACAGCUUUCAGCAGUUCAUGACUGCUGUGAGAUGUGGCCACUUGCGUGGCGAUAAGCCUGUGGAUCUUGUUCUAAGCUGUGUGGACAACUUUGAGGCACGAAUGGCUAUAAAUCAAGCAGCAUGUGAACUGGACCAGGUGUGGAUGGAGAGUGGAGUUAGUGAAGAUGCUGUGUCUGGACAUGUCCAGCUGCUUCAACCAGGCCACACUGCCUGUUUUGCUUGUGCUCCUCCCCUGGUGGUGGCAACUGGCAUGGACGAAAAGACACUCAAGAAAGAGGGGGUGUGUGCUGCCUCACUCCCUACCACAAUGGCUGUAGUGGCAGGAUUGCUGGUACAGAAUGCACUCAAGUACCUUCUCGGCUUUGGAAAAGUUACUCACUAUGUUGGAUACAGCGCCUUGACUGAUUUUUUCCCCACCAUGUCAAUGAAACCCAACCCCCAGUGCCAGAACUCGCACUGCAGGCUACGGCAACAACAGGCCAGGACUGAACAAAUUGUUUCUCAGCACCAAAGGAAACAAGAACCCAAUGAACACCAAACUGCUCUCCAUGAGGACAACCAAUGGGGCAUAAGUGUGGGAUAGAAGAAAGUGUGUCUAACGAAGAAUCACUGGAAGUAGGUGCUGGGCUGCAUUUGGCAUACUCCCCUACUGUGAUAACAUCGCCUUCUGUUGAUCAGGAGAGUGUGGAUAUCAGUAAAGAAACUGACAUACAAGACCUCAUGGCACAACUAAAGAACAUCUAAGGACAGAACCACAAAUCAUUAUCUUUGUGUCUUCAUUCUAAGAUGUGUCAGUCCAGUGUGUUGAGGUAGUUGAGUUGUGUGAGAACUUUUGAUUGACUCGUCUCCCGAAUCUCUCCAGCCAAAAACAUCUCAUCCACCACAGCAUACACCUUGUAGAAGUUAAACACCAGGUCUAGUUCACACACAUUGUGGAAGAACUCGUUUAGCACCUCCACAAAGUUGUGGAUGGCUUCCAGGUAGGCUAGGUUGUUGUCGUCAAGGUCGACGCAUAUGCAGAAGAAGAGGCCGGCAUAUCGUCUGUACACAAUCUUGAAGUUUCGAAACUGCAACGAAGUUCGUGUGCUUGGAGUCUCUCACGGUUACAAUCGCGUGAACUUCUUCGAUCAGCUUCUGCUUUUCAUCGUCCUCGAAGUGCAUGUACCACUUGGCCAGUCGUGUCUUUCCGGCGCGGUUUUGAAUCAGAAUGAACCUAAUCAUAGUGAGCGGCUCCAGUUAGUUCAGGAGAGAAACCGAGCAAGAAACAAGCACUGCGUGAGAGCAGAGCAGAUCGGGGGGCGGGGUC